AUGGUCGGGAGCGAAGGGUUUCCGCGCCACCACCGCCCACCGGCCAAGGCGAGCGGUGGCACCCCCGCAUCGACCUCUGGCGGCGGUGGCGGUGGCGCUGGCACCAAGACCGUGUCUGCCUCGCUGUGGUGGGACCCAUUCGUCACCCUCUGUGACGACCUCGACCGCGCCGCCGCCUCCCCCUCCACCGCCGUCUCCGACACCCUCGCGGAGCGGAUCAAGGGCCACCACGCAUGGCUCCGCGGGGCGGUCUCGAUGUUCGGGAAGCCCAAUGGCGCCUCGAGGGCCGCGCUGGACGCCGGCCAGGUCGCCGUCGGGGAGCACCGCCUGGCCGUCAAGCCCGACCUCAAGGAGGCCAGGCUCCGCGCGAGCAAGUCCCUCAACCUGGACGAGGUGCAAUCGUACAUCCUGGUGAAACGGUCUUCAGAGAGCGCCCCAACGACCCGUGAUGCUGACCCGCAGGAGCUCCUUCGGCGGGUGUCUCUGCAAUACUACCUUGAGUGUCAGUGCCUGCUCAAGUGCAUUCGGAGAAUCUUUGUUCAUGACACAUGCACAGAUGAUGACUCUGAUUCAUCCGACGCCAUAAAACAAGAGGCCUCACUGUUAGGCAGUUACGAGAUGGAACAGAAUAUGAUUUUAGGUAGGAGGCUUGUCUUAGCCAUGGGAGAAAGCAUAACUGCGAACACGGCUCUUUCUAUUUGUGUGUGA